AUGCUCAAAAUUUUAUUGCAAAUCGAAAGAGAGAUAAAUAAUUUUAAUUAUCUUACCUAAUGUGCAUUUGCCUUGUUUAGAUUACUAUAUUCUUAUUUAUCUGUCUUACUCCUUCAAAAUUUAUUAGAUAUUUAUCUGCAAAUGAUGCAUUAAAAUUUAUUCAUUUAUCAUUUCGAUAAACAAAAUAAUAAAAUUUUGUUUUUUUUUAAUUUUUAUGAGGGUGCUUUUUAAAGCUCCCCUUCCUACCUUUAAGUUUACCUUUCCAAUUUCUAAACAGAGCUUCAUAAUCUUGUUGCUAACACCUUAUCUUAGACAGGAUCUGUUAGGACACAUGAAUAAAGAUUUUAAUUACUAAUAGUUAACAUUCACCUAACUUAGGACUCAAGAUUGAAAUGGAGAACAGCACUGCAACCUUUUAAUGUUUUGCCUCUAUAAUUGGAAGAGGUAUUAACUAUCGAAUGA